CAGCCCUUCUAUUUUCCAUCUUCACCGGCAACUCACUAAAUCGAAAAAAAUGCAACCACUUCUGUGUUUUUGGUUUUCUUUAGUGUGCGUUUUAGCAGGUAAAGAUUCGGGAAGCCCUUCUUGGCAUGACACGAUUAGCAGGAAGCAGACUUCAAGUGAUGUCUUUUACCGUUUUCCCUCAAUUAAAAGUGGUGGAAACGGAGACGAUGCCGCUGCCGUCCAUUCAAAUUUCCCAGCUAAGUACGUCCCAGAGUAUGGGAUCCCUAUGCAGGCUACCCCGUUCCCGUAUGAACUACUCCGCCCUCGUCCCGGAGAUCAUUAUGCAGCAAUGCCGCUGGCUCUUCAGCGGGCAAUGAACCCGAGGCUCCCGCCGAUAGUUAGGCCUUCUCCAGUUGUGCCGCAGCCCCGGCGGGCAGUCGCGGUGUCUUGUUUCGAUGGUAAAAUGUUUGUGCGGGUCAAUAAGUUUCUAUGCGGCUUCGGUUGCAAAGACUCCGAUUUAAUCCUAGGUAAAGGCUGCACGAGCACCUCUCAAUUUGGAUCAGAAGUCCUCUUUGAAUACAGCCUCCAGCAAUGUGAUACCAAAGCACAAGUCGUAAAUGGCAUGCUUGUUUAUAGCAAUACACUUUAUUAUAAGCCUUCAGAGCCUAAAGGGCCUAUACGGAGAUCUAGUCCAUUUUCUGUAUCCCUCUUGUGUUCUUAUGAAAGGUUACACCACUCCUAUAAACUGGCAUACCAUCCUAUUUGGAACCGAGGCACUUAUUUUAGGAACCUGAGAAACCAGCACAGCUUCACUCUUCAAACCAUGAAUGCUGACUUCUCUGUCACUUCAACAAGAAAUCAAUAUUAUCUUGGCCAGCCCAUAGCUUUCCAGGCAACUGCAUAUUUUGCAUCUUCAAGACAAAAGCUUUUUGUUCAGUCUUGUCAUGCAACAGCAUCCCCAGAUCCCUUCUCUUCUCCUAGGCACAUUCUGAUCAAUAACUUGGGCUGCAUGGUGGAUGGCAAGGAUGAAAAUUGUGCUUCAAAGUUUGUUCUGCCAAGAACUAAUGAUACAAUCAGCUUUAUAAUAGAGGCCUUUCAGUUUCACGCAAUAUCUCCUUGGGUCUAUGUACAUUGUGAGUUGGCUGUGACAGAUGUAUUAUCAAAAAGUGCAAAAUCUUGCAAUUAUGACAAGGUAACAAAGAGGUGGUAUGAACUGGACGGUCAUCAUGCUCUUUGCAGUUGCUGUGACUCUCAAUGUGCAAAAGACACAGGGUCCAAACUUCCCAAAGAAGUAAAGAGAAUGAUGAGCAAUGGUCCACUGCAGAUCUUGGCUUCUGAAGAUGAACAGACUGUGCCACAUCACUUGUCUGAUUUGCAUGAAGACUUUCCUGUACAGCAGUAUCUGAAUGUUGGCAAGAAUUUCAAACCUGAAGAUGAACAGAUUUUACCAAAUGACUUGGGAAAUGAUUUGGAAAACCAGGAGGCAUCUUUUGAAAUGGUUCAUGAGACUCUUUCAGAUGAAGAAAUACAACCGAUCAUUAAUAGUGAUAGAAACCCUCUACUUGACAAGAAUGGGGCAGAAUCCAACACUUUCCACUCUUUUCAGAUACAGAAGAUGUCAGAAAGUGAAUCAGGCUUUAAGUUCGAGGAGAAGGUGGCAACUGUGGAAAGGCUAGUUCCUAGACUGGAUGGAGUGUAAAGGUGGGUAAGCUAAUUGACAAAUGUUCUCUAGGUGCCCAUGUACAGAGUGCUUUAUGACUUUGCUUUCGAAAAAAAAGGGGUGGUUGGGUUUUGACUCCAACCCAAUGUCUGCAGCUGCAUUUUAGGACCAAUAUUUUUCUCUAGGAAAAUAAGCACACCUAUGCCUCCUUUAUGGGUUUUCAGUAUCCUUAAAUGUGUCCUUUCCACAAGACUAAAUCUGAGAGAUAAGAGAAAUGCCAUCAGGCACAACUUAAUGGUUUUAAACUUUGAUUUAUGAAAAUGUCUUGUAGGAAACUUGUGGUUGUAUCUAGCACAUUUAACAAAUACCUUGAUGCAGUUUCCUGUUUUUUCACUUUAUUGCAUUUCUUUGUAACACUUUAUACAAAGUUGGAAUUUCCCCUUGUAAGCUUGCAAAUUGUAAUUUAAACUAAGACAAUUGUAUAAUGGUUGGUAAUGCUUAGAGCUUUCCUAUUUACAGUACCUCCCCAGGAAACCUAAAUGUGGAUUUACAUCCUGGACUUGAAUGUGUCCAUCUCCAGUAUGGCUUGUCUGAAUUACAAAUUGACCCGCCUGCUAUAGCCAAAGACCACCUGUGCAGUAUGUUUAAUAAAGGGACUGCAGAACAAC